ACAAUUUAUUCUAAUUUUAAGACUGCAGAUCAAUUGAUAGUUGGUACUAGUGUAUUAUCUAGACCUGCAGAAGAAUUUGACAAUGAUGUAAGUUGCAAAUGAAAAACAAGAAAUAAAUGAAUUUAUAAAGGUAAUAAUUAUAAUAAUUCCCUCUUUUUAGCCCUCUGUAGAAGCAAUGUGGGCAAUGAAAGCCAUGGAGCAUGCUGAAGUUUAUUUUAAUGUAAAAGAAAUUUUAAUACGAUUGACUUAAUUCUAUAUGAAAAAAAAAAGUAAAAACAUUUAAAGUUUUUGAUUUUUAAUUUGAAAUUUCUAUUUUAGAUUUUAUGUUCAGUUGAUCCUAAAUUUUUGAAACUUACACCUCAUGAUGAACAAAUAUAUAAAAACUUUCGUGAUGUUUUCCCUAAUCUCAAAGUAGAUAAAAUAAACGAAGAUGAAUUAAAAUCACCUGAAGAGAAAAUGAAAUGGAGACCAUUCUGUGAACAAUUUAAGGGACUUGUUGAAGAUUAUAGUUUUGGUACAUUGUUAAGAGCAGAUUGCGAAGGAGAUUACUCAGAGGAAAACAGUAUACUCACAACUAGAAUACAAUUUUAUGCCAUUGAACUUGCCAGAAAUAGAGAAGGAUUCAAUGAUGGUAUUAGGAAAAAGUACAAACCAAAACAGUCUACAGAAAAAUCA